ACGUCACCACGUGUGAUUCCUUCAGCUGAGCUGAUUUCACUCCGGCAACGGGUUGUCGGGAGCGAAAGUGAGUUGAUGUAGUGUAGAUAAGCUAAUAUCUACUCUCAAAUCCAAGCGUUUUUCUUCUUUCGGUGAGGAUUUUAAACUAAUUUGAAAGGACCAAAGAGAGACAAGGAGAGAGCCACUGGAACAAUUAAAAGCCAGGAAGAUUCUAGCACAGCCAUGCCCACGCUUUGAAUGCAGCAAUGGGUCAAUCUGUGAUGUUGUCUCUCUUUGUCCAUGUUUUCCUGGUAUCCAGUGGUACUUUGUGUUUGGAGCCUCAGGAAGGAGCGGGUCUCUCUGCAGGUGCUCUCGACUUGCCCUGGCAAGACCAACUGUGCUGUGACUCACCCUCAGUGCCGGAGGGGGAGGCGGAUGGCACGCCCGCACCUGAGACAAACUUCUCUGUGUCAAACCGCCCACAACAUCGCCGCUGUUACUUCAAGAGCAAUACCACAGGAUCAAGUCCUUAUAAGUCCUCUGGAGGCACCUGUUUGGACAUGCUGUGCAGGAUUGAUGACAACUGGGAAAUUCUGACUUGCGAUCUUGGGUCUCCCCGAACUCCAUUAGGCACGCUGACCACUGCUCCCGUGGCGGUUCGCCUGCAGCGCUUGCCGUUUAAAGAAAAUGAUGAUCAAGUUAACCAGAGGAUUAAGGAAUCUUAUGUUGUCUGUGAAGCAAAGGAUUCCUGCAUAUGUUCAAUUCCACUUGACACUACAAGAUUUGUUACUAUGGUAACUGUCAACAUCUCUGGCUCUGAUGCUGAAACAGUUCUUCUCAAUGUACCAACUCGACCCGUGAAACCCAGGCCUCCUGUCAACCUCUCACAUUUCCAGACCAUCGACCCGGACCUGAUUUUACAGUGGGACGAACCCAAAGACAAUGAUUUUGGCCCUUUAAGAUAUGAGGUCCGAUACUCAGAUGUCGACCAUCCUUCAUGGCAGGUGAUUUCUACAGGCCAAAAGCGCAAACUGAGUCUGGAUCUGAAGCCCAAAGUAAAGUAUACUAUUGAGAUUCAUUGCUCCGGUCUGCAUGACCCUCCACUGUGGAGCAACUGGAGUGAACCUUACCACAUCUACCUUGACACGGUGAGCUACAUCCCUGAAAAAGUGUUGGCCCGUCCAGGAGAGAACGUAAGCAUUUAUUGUGUGUUCAACGACCGCAGCAUCAAUGCCAACUCCGCCGUGUGGAUGCUGAACUUCCAACAGUCUCUCCAUCCCAGCCUCUACCACACUGUCAACCAACGGGUCAGUCAAAUCACAGUACGUCCAUCAGACUCUGGGUUGUAUGACCUGCUGCAGUGUACCGCCACAAAGGAGUGGGCCAUCCCUUACAGCCUCAUCUACAUCGAAGGCGCUUCUGUUGACAUCAGCUGUGAAACCAGUGGCGAUAUUGAUGCGAUGGACUGUAGCUGGCAAAACACACUGUGGCUUAAACUCACAUUCCAAUACAGAUGGGCAGACCUUCCAUGCGAUGUGAUGGAAGACCGAGAGAACAAGGGUGAGACGGUCGGAGAGAUGGGGCCUACAUGUUUGCCAGUCCGCUCCAAGCCACAAGCCUGCUCCAUCCAGCCAAUAAGAAUGACCUGCUACAAGCUGUGGCUGGAGGUGCUGUCCCACCAGGGUCCUGUUAGGUCCAAACCUAUAUACAUAUCACCUAUAGAUCAUGUAAAGCCUCAUGCACCAACUAAUGUGAAGGCGGUGAGUCUGAGAAGCGGGGUCCUAAGGAUCACAUGGGAGCCUCCAUCUUUGCCCGUGCAGGAUCUCCUGUACCGCUUUCGUCUCCACUCCCCAUCGACCAUCACAGCUCAGCAAGAAUGGAAGGUCUAUAAUCCAGUGGAAGUGCCGUGGGCAGAGGUUUCGAUUCUGGACAUGUGUCGUGUUUAUGUGGUUCAGGUACAGUGCAUGCCCACCAACCGCACUGGCUACUGGAGUGACUGGAGUGACUGGGUCUAUUCUAUACCCCAAAACAGUAGAGCUCCUGAAAAUGGGCCUGAUUUUUGGAGAAUUCUUCAAGAUGAUCCGCUCACAAACCGGACAAAUGUUACUUUGCUGUUUAAGCAUCUUUCAACCCCGGGCCGCUCCUACUGCAUAAAUGGAUUUAUAGUACAACGCCACACUGCAAAUGGCAUUUUGAAGAGCGAGAAGAUUGAGCUGGCAUCCUCCUACAGCUUUGAGUGGGACCGAGAUGUCCAAACUGUGACGGUGAAGGCUUUCAACAGUCUGGGGUCAUCUAGAAACAACACCAACAUGACACUGGAGAGAAGACCCAAACGCCGCGGUGUGCAUUCCUUCCACGUGCUGUUUGUCAACAGCUCCUGUGUUUCAAUGCAUUGGAGCCUUCUGGAUAGCAGCUCUGCUCCACUAUUCAUGGUGGUACAGUGGGCACCACAGGGGGAAGAGGAAUCGAACCCUAACAAAGUCCGCAGUGGGCACACAUGGACCAGGCUGCGUUUCACUGACCGUCCCAUCUACCUAAAAGGUGAUUUUUAUUCCACUAAGGAUUAUGGCUUCUACUUAUAUCCUGUGUUUGCUGAUGGAGAGGGCGAGCCUGCCUUCACAAUAGCCACUCGAGGGGACCCUGCAACUUACAUGACACUGCUGAUCAUCGUCGUCCUCUCCAUCAUACUCUUCUUCACCCUGGUCCUCUCCCAAAACCAGAUGAAAAGGUUUGUUUGGAAAGAUGUGCCCAACCCAAAGAAAUGCUCCUGGGCAAAAGGACUCAACUUCAAGAAGGCUGACACCUUCGAGCAGCUGUUCCAGGUCUCCGAUGCACUGCCAGCCUGGCCGCUGCUGCUCCCCUCUGAGAACAUUUCCACAGUGGUCAUCAUGGACAAGACUGACCUCUCAGCUCUCAGUUCAGCCCUGGUCCGAAACCCACUUACACCCCCAACUGCUGAUUUAGUCUCCCUUCCUUCGUUUCUCGACCAAAGCAGGUCAGUCGACAACGAAGCUCUCGUAUGUAACAGGCCCUCCUCGACUUCAGAAUUCGAUAUUUCAAACGCUCCCGGCCCGAGGAUAGAUGAGUUGCAGCUCAUGGAUCCCUCUCAGGGCAUCAGAGAGAGUUCAGCUCAAUCUUCAGUAGCAUACGCCACAGUGCUGCUAACUGACCCAAAGCAGGAACAACAGUCCAUUCACGAUCAGGACGGCAGCGGCAGCAGCUCCAGUGACGAGGGCAAUUUCUCUGCCAACAACUCUGACAUAUCCGGAUCUUUUCCCGGCGGCCUGUGGGAGCUGGAGAGCUGUCACGGCGGCGAGUUGGACGACCCACGGCGAUCCUGCUCCUACAACUCAGUGGAGGAACUUUCCGAAACAUCGGAUCAAGAAGACGAUGCGACAGAAAGGAAGGACUUGUACUAUCUGGGUAUGGGCUACCCAGCUGAGGAUGAGGGGAGUGACGGAGAAAUCGCACAGAAAGAAGAGGCGCUGAAACAUGUCAUAUUCAACACAGAUGUGGAAUCCAGCCAACUUAUUUCAGCAUCAUCCUGUGUUUUCCCACCACUCUACCUACCCCAGUUUAGAACUGCUCCCGACACCAGGAAGCUACCCGAUUAGAAACCUGGCACAAUGCUCUGCAUUACAUCGCUUGUGUUGUGAACUGCAUCAUCAUGAAAGACUUUCAAAGGAAAAUCAGUUCCUGCAGACACAUUGAAUGUGUCAAAAAAAUGGUGUAAAACUCCAAAGCGACGUUCAUCAAUGCUGCUAUUUUUUGGCUCAGUGGGAGGUAAUGGCCCUCGCUAAUAGGUAUGUUUUGUUGCAACUGUGCCUAUAGAUCAAAGUUAGGGUCAAACUGCUAUUCUACAGCCAUGUUACAAUGGUUACUGAUAAGGGGAUGAAAGGUUGUAAAUAAAACAUGGAAUAUGUUAGACUAUUUAAAGAAACGAAACACGUUAAAGAGUAAAGACGGCUUUGAUGACAUAUCAUCAGCGACAUUUGUGAUUGUACGCCGUUGUCUCUUGUGAAUAAAACAAUAUUUAUGUACAUCUGCACAGGAAUGCAAUCUAAAAGAAAAGCUGUUUGACAGAUGCCUUCUCAGAAAUAAUUCAUCAUUACGUUGUUCAGGUGUACUGUAUUUAAUUGAAGUGAAAUUGCCAAAAAAGAAAUAUCUCUUGUGGCAUAUUGAUAUAUUUUUGUCAAUUUUUCAUGGUGAUAUUAAAGUAUUUGUUAUUAGACUCAUGUAUGUG